GCCCCCUGCCGUCAGUGAGGUGGCGCUGAGCGGCGUCCGCAUCGGCAGUAGCAGCGCCCUCGCUGCCUUCAUCGUCGUGGUCGUCGUCGUCUUCACCACCACCACCAUCACGGCGUCUGCGGCAUUCCACCAACCGUGCUAGUCAGGAGGUGCGGGGGAAGGACAACAAACUAAUCACAAAAAGCAGUUUUAAAGAAAAGAAGCAUUCUCCGCAUGAGCUGAGCUGCACACUGAUGAAUUCCCAUGGGCCUGCCUGUACCUGCCUAACGGGAUGAAGCUCUGUGGGGAGACCCGACCUCCAGAGGAACAGCGACAUUUGAAGGCAAACGACAGAGAAUUCAACGAGAAAUUCCAGUACGCGACCAACCGGAUAAAGACCUCCAAGUACAAUGUGGUGACCUUCCUGCCCGUCAAUCUGUUUGAGCAGUUCCAAAGAGUGGCCAAUGCCUACUUCCUGUUCUUGCUCAUCCUGCAGCUGAUUCCUCAGAUUUCAUCCCUGUCUUGGUUUACCACCAUCGUGCCUUUGGUGUUGGUGUUGACCAUCACCGCUGUCAAGGAUGCCUCCGACGACCUGUUCCGUCACAGGAGUGACAACCAGGUCAACAACAGACAGUCUCAGGUUCACAUCAACGGAAAGUCCGGAAGACUGCAGAAUGAAAAAUGGAUGAACGUGCGCGUUGGGGACAUCAUCAAAAUGGAGAACAACCAAUUUGUUGCCGCCGACCUCAUGCUGCUGUCCAGCAGCGAACCCCACAGCCUGUGCUACAUCGAGACGGCGGAGCUUGAUGGCGAGACGAACUUAAAGGUGCGGCAGGCUCUUCCCGUGACCUCCCAGAUUGCCGACGACAUUGACAAGCUGGCGCACUUUGACGGCGAGGUGAUUUGCGAACCGCCCAACAACAAGCUGGACAGGUUCACCGGCACGCUGUACUGGCGGGGCAACACGUACGCGCUGGACAACGACAAAAUGUUGCUGCGCGGCUGCGUUUUGCGCAACACUGAGUGGUGCUACGGCCUCGUGGUCUUCGCAGGCCCCGACACCAAGCUGAUGCAGAACAGCGGACGGACGAAGUUAAAAAGAACCAGCAUCGACCGCCUCAUGAACACCCUCGUGCUGUGGAUUUUUGGCUUCCUCGUGUGCAUGGGGUCCAUCCUGGGGCUCGGAAACACCAUCUGGGAGAGCGCCAUCGGCUACUACUUCCAGCCGUACCUGCCGUGGGAGAGCGCGGUGGACAGCGCAAUCUUUUCAGGGUUCCUCACCUUCUGGUCGUACAUCAUCAUCCUCAACACCGUCGUGCCCAUCUCGCUCUACGUCAGUGUGGAGGUUAUACGGUUAGGCCACAGCUACUUCAUCAACUGGGACCGCAAGAUGUACUACGGCAAGCGGGACACGCCGGCUGAGGUGCGCACCACCACGCUCAACGAGGAGCUCGGGCAAAUCGAGUACAUCUUCUCCGACAAGACGGGCACGCUCACGCAGAACAUCAUGACCUUCAACAAGUGCUCCAUCAACGGCCGCGUUUACGGAGGAGCAUAUGAUGUUUCGGGUCACAAAGUGGAAAUCAAUGAGAGGUCGGUGCCAGUGGAUUUCUCACGGAACCUGCUGGCCGACCGGCGGUUCCUCUUCUACGAUCAGACCAUGCUGGAGGCCAUACGGCUGGGCGAGUGGGGAGUGCACGAGUUCUUCCGUUUGCUCGCACUCUGCCACACCGUGAUGCCCGAGGAGAAGACUGAGGGGGAGCUGGCUUACCAGGCCCAGUCCCCCGACGAGGGUGCCUUGGUGACGGCCGCACGCAACUUUGGCUUUGUUUUCCGCUCGCGCACGCCCGAGACCAUCACGCUGCACGAGCUGGGAGAACCACGCACCUACCAGCUGCUCGCUAUCCUUGACUUCAACAACUUCCGCAAGCGCAUGUCCGUCAUCGUGCGGAAUGCUGAAGGUCGGCUGAAGCUGUACUGCAAAGGCGCCGACUCGGUGAUAUUUGAGAGGCUUCACCCCUGCAACCAGCAGCUCGUGAACAUCACCGCAGACCACCUGAGUGCGUUUGCGGGCGAGGGCCUGCGCACGCUGUGCCUGGCGUACCGCGACCUGGACGAGGCCUCCUUCGAGGAGUGGCAGGAGCGGCACCACGAGGCAAACACGUCCUUGCAGGGCCGCGAGGAGCUGCUCGCCGCCGUCUACGACGAGAUCGAGCAAAACAUGAUGUUGCUGGGAGCCACCGCGAUCGAGGACAAGCUGCAGGAGGGUGUGCCGGAGACCAUUGCGAAGCUGGCCCUGGCUAACAUCAAGAUCUGGGUUCUCACGGGCGACAAACAAGAAACGGCGGUGAAUAUCGGCUACUCGUGCAACAUGCUAACAGACGACAUGAACGAGGUGUUUGUGGUGUCGGGGCACACGGUCCAGGAGGUUCGCGAGGAGCUGGGACGCGCAAAGUCCAAGAUGCUUGGACUGAGCAAGGGCUCGGCUGCAAAUGGCUUCCUCUAUUCGUCGGUGAAGGAUCCUUCCAAGGCCUGCCCAUCCAUCGAGACGACUGUGGAGGGGGAGUACGCCAUCAUCAUCAAUGGGCACAGCCUGGCGCACGCCCUGGAGGCCGACAUGGAGAUGGAGUUCCUGGAGGUGGCCUGCAUGUGCAAGGCGGUGAUCUGCUGCCGUGUGACGCCGCUUCAAAAGGCGCAGGUGGUGGAGUUGGUGAAGACGUACCGCAAGGCCGUGACGCUCGCCAUCGGGGACGGAGCCAACGAUGUCAGCAUGAUCAAGACGGCUCACAUCGGCGUGGGCAUCAGCGGGCAGGAGGGCAUGCAGGCCGUCCUGUCCAGCGACUACUCCUUCGCUCAGUUCCGCUUCUUGCAGCGUCUGCUACUCGUGCACGGCCGCUGGUCCUACCUGCGCAUGUGCAAGUUCCUGUGCUACUUCUUCUACAAGAACUUUGCCUUCACGCUCGUUCACUUCUGGUUCGGAUUCUUCUGCGGCUUCUCCGCCCAGACGGUGUAUGACCAGUGGUUCAUUACGCUUUUCAACAUUGUUUACACAUCCUUGCCGGUAUUGGCGAUGGGGGUGUUCGAUCAGGACAUCAACGACCAAUGGAGCAUCGACUGCCCAAAGCUCUACGAGCCGGGGCAGCUUAACCUGCUGUUCAACAAGCGCGAAUUCUUCAUCUGCAUCGGGCAGGGCAUCUACACGUCAGUCGUGCUCUUCUUUGUGCCGUACGCUGCCUUUGUGGAGGCGGUGCGCGAUGACGGAACCGGACUGUCCGACCACCAGUCCCUGGCUGUGGCCGUCUCCACGUCGCUCAUCAUCGUCGUCAGCCUGCAGAUGGGUCUGGACACAGCCUACUGGACGGCCAUCAACCACUUUUUCAUCUGGGGCAGCGUGGCUGUCUACUUUGCGAUCAUGUUCGCCAUGUACAGCGCCGGCCUCUACAGCAUCUUCCCGUCCCAGUUUCGCUUCAUAGGCACAGCACGGAACACGCUAAACCAGCCAUCUGUGUGGCUGGUGAUUGCGCUGACCACCAUUGUAUGCAUCAUGCCUAUCGCCGCAUUCCGCUUCUUGAAGACCGACUUGCGGCCCACGCUCAGCGACAAGGAGCGCUACAUGCAGCGACAGCGACGCAAGCAGAAGCCGCAGACGCUGAGGCUGCACCGCGUGCACCGCACAGGCUCGCGCCGCUCGGGCUAUGCAUUUGCGCACCAGGAGGGCUUCGGCGAGCUCAUCACGUCCGGCAAAAACAUGCGCGGCUUCCAUUCUGCUACGGCGCUGCUCACACGGGCCGCACACGGCAGCGCGAGCUGGUUCGAGUCGCUGGGCAAGCGACGAGCAGGCGACCCGACCUCACAGCAGCCCAAGGUGGGUGGCGAUACGACACCAGCCAACGCUGCCAGCGAGCAGCAAGAAGAACAGGAUAUCGAGCAGGAGCUGGGAGAAGAGGCAGCUGUACCAGCGGUGGAAGCUUCAUUACUGUUAUGCGCAUCACCGGAGCUUGUGUCGACACCGGAGCCGGGGUCGACGCCGGAGCCGGUGUCGACACCGGAGCCGGGGUCGACGCCGGAGUUGGCGGUAACACUGGAGGAGCUGGCAUCAACAACAGAGCUGGCAUCGACACCAGAAAGAACUGCCACUUUCAACGACACCGAGAUCCAGUGAUUUCUUUCAACAACACAAUGACUGAACGAGGCCUUUUGCACACUGUGAGAACCGUUGUGACACACUUGUGCUCACGCAAAUGGGUGAAGUGAAGCACCAUUCAGCAAAUCCCUGCCAGGCCGCAGUUUUCUGCUGGCGAGGCAAAGCAACGAGUUCAGCAGGAACAGGGGAAUGAGGGGGCACCCGUUGAUUCCCAAAUUAUUGCAGAUGACUGGGACACUUAUUUUGCACUGUCUGCUACCAGUUCAGAAUUUCUCAUAUUGCCUUCUUACAUUUGGUUUAAAGUUUCCACAAUGCAGAGCUUCUAGUUCACAUUUUUACAUAUUGGCAUUAGUUGAAAAUUAAUGGUAAGGUAGUUUUACUCCGAUUGGUGUAUACGAAAACAUCUGCCGACCAGCUUUAAACACUGCAGAAAGACGUAUUUGUAGACUUUAUUUCUCACCGACAUGAGCCGUCUAUUCAAUGUUGUGCCUUUUUGUUCAUUUUUACAACUACAUGGAGAUGCUUCUGUUGGGGAAAGCAUUUUGUAGUGGAAGUGCGGUGUUAGCUGUGUGUAUUUUCUAAACACAUGUACGUGCAUUUGUAAAAAAGUGUACCUUGAACACCAGAACGUCAGUUGCCUUUGUAGCAUAUUUCUGUAGCUGACGGUGUACAUUACGGUUUUAGUUAAAAUUGUUUGCAAAGUUAAUUACAUGUUACAAAUGUACAUUUCUUUUGUAAAAAAAACAUAAAAAAUUUAGCAAAAUAACUAUAUUAAUAAAACCCAAAUGUUUGUUUCAUAUUUCAAAACUGCAGUGCUUCAGAUUUGAGCAAGGGUGUUUAAAGCUGUUUAUUUUUAUACCACAUUCUGUUUAUUAAAGUUUAAAUAUGAAGGUGUGGAUUUUAUAGACCCUAGUUGUGCAUUGUUUUUCUUUUUGGCAACGACUAUCAUUUUUCUGAAAAUAAAACAAUGCAGAAUAGUAUAUAAUGGGCCAAGUAUACCCUUCAGAAUUGGUAACGAGUUCAGGCAAGUAACUUCUAUUGACCAAAACACUGAUUCGUUCCUCCUUAACAUGUUUUUACUUUGAGUUUGUUUUUGUCAUUUGUUACGAAAUGUCAAUGUAGCAACUGGGACUGUUGCUUUCAGUUAAGCUGUCACCUGCCUUUGCUGUUUAUACAUUGUAAUGAUUACUGUUGACCGUUUGCUCCUGGUGCAGCAAAUGGAAGCACAGUACAUACUGAAGGCAAACAAGCAUGUUUUAAUGCCAAAGAGCUAAAAGUAAUAUCAGAUUGUAAAUACAACAUUCCAUAAUAAUUUAUUGCACAUUUAUACAUUUAAAGGAUUGGUAUCUUUUGAGUAAUAAAUAAUGAGGUAUAAUUA